UAGGUUUAAAGCAAAAAAGUCCAUGAAAAAGCAGAAUUUGUGUUAUCAUUCUCACAAGCAGGGACUUAAUAGAUUCACUUUAGCCCAGCAGAUUAGACAGAACUUAGUAAAGCCUGAAGUUUUCCUGAUGCUGUGGGAAACUUCAGAAAAUGCCAAACAAUUUAUGCUUGUAAAAGUAAUCUUUGCUUGUCUGACUAUUAUAAAAAGAGAAACAAAUGCUCACAACUGGCAUGUGUUUAAAUGAGGCUGAAUAAAUUUUUCAAACAUCUGAGAAUGUUUUCUGUGCUACCAAGGCACUACAGAAAGAUCAGAUUAGUGCAUGCUGGCAAGCACAGCAAAAUAUCAUGGUGAAUAUGAAACAUCAAACCAGAAAAGCUGCAGUCACAAAAGAAUGACAGAAUAUUCCAAGAGGGUACAGUGCCUCUGUGAGACACUUCUGCAACUGAGGUAUCAAUAUCCAUAUUUCCAUAAGAGUCUAACCAAGGGGAACAAAGAAAAAAACCAGAACAACCAGCCAACUAACCAACCAAAAAAACCCAACAUUUGUUCUAAGACCAGAGUGAAAAAGAAAAAUAUGGGUGGAUAAUUUCAACAGUAAAUAUAAAUGUUUCUUUUUAAAAAAAUUAAUUCUCCUUCCCUUCUAAGAUAUCCUUUAAUUUAAAGCAUUUCAGAUGUUAUUGCCAGUAAAUCUGAGGCCUGAAUUGUCUUUCAGUGCAGCCAGCUUUGUCAGCUUGCUCAGUUUAAGAUCUGACCCUUAUACACUUUGGCUAAAAAUUGCUGUCAUUUACACAGGUGAAUAUACUCUGACGCAAGUCUCUGGAUUUACACAGAUGUGGCAGCAGAAUUUGGCAGGGUUUUACUAAUUUUACACAAUAAAAAAAACCAAACUCAGAUCCACUUUUGCAGUGGGUUACAGCUGUAUCAAUCCAUUAAUGUUAUCAAUCCAUUAUAUGCUGAUGGUACAGCUCCACAGCUUGUUAAUAAAACUAAGACAUUUUCAUGCUGUGUCCAGCUAGAGACUGAAACUGAACCUAACACUGCUACAGUUAAAAUUCUCAGGUUUCAUUAAAGAAAUAUUCAUUUAUUGUUUGGUACUUUUGUCAAGUUUAUAUUAAAUUUUGAAAGAAACCUUAACACAGUCUGAUUUUUGAAAUCUAUCACUCCUAUCGAUUCACCCACAUACAGUGUCCCAUUAGUACAGCAUUUUCAUGUAAUAAAUGGAACCACCUUUUCUUUUUAAAUCAGAAAAUUUGUUUGUAAAGACCCACAACAUUGGCAGGACACCUGAGAAAGCAGGUCUUGUAUCCUGAAACAUUUUUUACAAACUGCCAACUAGAUGUGCAAUGUAGGAGCAAACAUACAGCUUUUAAAUGUUUUACAGAUUAUUUUCAGCUGGUUUUGGCCAACUUUAGAUUAUUUAUGUGACUUAGAAGGAAACAGGUGAAAUAAAAGGGACAGUUGAUUUGAAGUAGGCUCUGCUCACAUCAAGUUCACUUAAACAGAGUGACACAAAUAUCAGCCCAACAAGCUUGGUGGGGAACUCAGAUCAUAAUGAAGGGGGAUCAGGCUCAGGACAACUUAAUAUUAACUUUUGGCACAUUUACAACAGAAUUUUAGCUGUAUUUGGCAUUUCCACUAAAUCAGAAUGCAGCUUGGAAACGGUGAGGGGAGGUGGGCGUCUGAAUAAACAUGUCUGGCAAAAAUGAAAGAUAAUUCAGGUCCGAAGGGUCAUUCCCUUCAGUUCAAGUGCAGUGGAUUGCCCUUCCUGGAUCCAACAGCAGGGGCGUGGGAAGCUUUCAGAUGUCACAGGGUUGUAGAUAACAUUUGAACAUAUGAUUAGCUUUCGUGAGCUGUCUUUAGAAACCUUACAUUUUUCCCCCACACACCUUAGCCAGAGAUCCUUCCCUUGAGGUUUCGGGACACUUAAAAUGUUGCUGUGCCAAAAAUCAAGGAUGUGGAGAAGGUUUUCCUGUGUGAUGUCAUGUUGCUGCCCUUUAUAAGCCUCUGCAGAGAAGAAGGGAUCCUGUCUGAGGAGCGACACUCCAGGCACGAGGGGAGGCAAGGAGCAGACGCUGACCCACCAUGGAGCGGCGAACCAUUCCCCAGGGCAUUCCCUGCAGCUCCCUGCUCCUGCUGCUCUGCAGCCUGAAGGCUUCCCUCGCCUUUCCCAACUCCUCUCCACUGCUGAGUCCCAGCUGGGGCAAUGGAGACCACCUGAUGCACCUCUACACCGACACGGAGAGGAGCAGCUUCCACCUCCAGAUCAACGCUGAUGGCUACAUCGAUGGCGCUCCUCACCAAACCAUCUACAGUGCCCUAAUGAUCAAGUCUGAGGGUGCUGGCUCAGUAAUAAUCACAGGUGUGAAGAGUGGACGCUACCUGUGUAUGGACAUGAAAGGAAACCUAUUUGGCUCGCAUUACUUCAGCCAAGAGGACUGUGUGUUCAACCACAGGACACUGGAAAAUGGGUACGAUGUGUACCAAUCCCCCAAACACCACUUCUUGGUGAGCUUAGGCAGAGUUAAACAAGCCUUCUCCCCCGGUAUGAAUCCCCCACCAUACUCCCAGUUUUUGUCCAGGAGGAAUGAGAUCCCUCUGUUCCGGUUCAACACCCCCGAGCCCCACAGACACACCAGGAGCGCAGAUGUUGAUCCGGUAGAUCCUCACCAGAUCCUGGUGCCGCAGAGGAAGACGCCGGUGUUCGGCUCCCAGCAGCAGCAGCCAGCAGACUUUCCCCACAUGCCCAGGGAGCCCAUGAGGAUCAACCAGAACGACGUGGUGAACCCCGAUGAUCCCCACGCUAUGAUGGAGGCCAGGAGGUACCCGAGCCCCCGCUUCUACAUCACCAGAUAACCGCGGCCCCUGUGCUCACCAGGUGAAGGCAGGGGCAAAAGGAGCUGUCUGUCACACUCAGCCUGAAUGCCAAAGUGCCUCUUAAAAACCUAGGAGACAUUGGGAAAAGUUCCUUAGCUUCAAAUCUUGUUUUGUCAGUAAACUGCCAUCUGUAAGUACAAGUUGGAUUUUUCCAGCUUGAGCUCUACUGGAAAGAAGAUCCAUUUCUGAAAAGAGUAACACAAACCAAAAUCUUUUGGGGUCUGAAUCACCUUAAGUUUGCAUCAAUGAGGAAAACAAACAAACAAAAAAUCCCUUCUAUGAAAUGGGAAACUGGUGUUAUGAUACUGAUGUAGAGACCUGGAGCAUCCAAGAUUCCAGCAUAGCACCAUCCUAUCCAAGCACAGCAGACAAACUGCCAGGCAGUUCCUUAUUUUAUUGUAUGAAAAUUACCAUAUAUGUCAUGUAUCCAAUAUCUGAAGAGGCUAGAAGGGAGCUGGAGACGGGCUCUUCAUCAGAAACUGCAGAGACAGGAAGAGGGGGAAUGGCUUUACUCUGACAGGAUAUCAGGAAGAAAUUGGUCUCUGUGAGGAUAGGAAGGCCCUGGCACAGGUUGCCCAGAGAAGCUGUGGCUGCCCCAUCCCUGGAAGUGUCCAAGGCCAGCCUGGAUGGGGCUCUGAGCAGCCUGGUCUGGUGCAGGAUGUCCCAUUGGAGUUAAUGAGCCUUAAGGUCCCUUCCAACCCAUUUUGUGAUUCUUCGUUUUUAGCUUUUAAGUUGGAGCUUCAUUCUCUCUUCACCCAUAUGGGUCAAAAAAAGGCCAACUCUGUCAUAGGAACAGUAGACAUGGAAAACUGAAGGAACUGGCAGGACAACAGGACAGCAUUAAAGGGUCCUGUGGAAAAAGAGCAAUUUCUGACACUGAAUCCAAGCUGAGAUUUUGAAAAAAAGAGGACAGUCUUACUCCCUCUCAAGUGAUUCUCUAUCACAGUUCUCCAUUUACUAAAUUCUAGCAUCCCAAUAUAGAAAUAAAGUUCAUUAGUUUUGCAUAUUUCCAACUCAGAGAGAAAUACCAGGAUUAAUAACCAAUAGUGUGUUAAACACUGGACUCUAAAGGGGAAAAUAAAAAAGAUUAUGUUUUAUAAGGAUCAAACCAUUAAUAUUUAGACUAAAAUGAAGACUCAUCUAAUAAGUGAAAAUUAGGUUUGAAUUUAGAAAUGGAAAAUCCAAUUAGCAUCCAUGUUUGUAUGCAGUUCUGAGCAGGUAUCAGAUGCUGUGUACUUGUAGGAGUGAAAUUACUAUCAAUCAGGAGAUCUCUAAUGGUGACAAAACCUUUUCCCUAGAUUGGUUUAUGCUUUGGGGAAGUUCACUUUGAAAAAGCUAUUCUUGAUGAACUUUGAAGAAAUCACGUGCAAGGCACUGAUGAGCAGCACAAAAUCCACUCUGGCAGAGAUUUGAGGUUUUUAUUUUGCAGGGGUUUUUGUGCAUGUCACAACACAGAUUCUUCUGCUCUGUUUAUUUAGAGUAUUUAUCAGCCUGACAACAAUUUGAAGGGGUACACUGCUCCGCAGUGUGCUCAUAGCAACAUACAAAAAACAUUAGGUUGGAUGCUGUUAUUUUUUCCUUCCUCAGGAAGUAGUUCACUGAAGCCACUGGAGUAACAUCAGUGUAACAAAAUCAAAGUAAGAAGCCCCUGUGCUUCUUGCUCUCAUUUAAUUUUUUCUGGAUUUAGCACAGCAGCAGGACUGCUGAUAGCUUUUUAAAAAAUCUCUUCCUCCCACCCCCCCCGUAUUUGUAUAUACACUAAAUCUCUUUAUCUACCACAUCCAACUCAUUAUAUUGGAAACGUCAUAGGUCCUGAUUGUGCUCUUAGAAUAGUUUUCCUACAUGGAGAGAUUCCUAAAUAUAAAUACUUAGGAGCACAGGACAAGCCAAAUUAUCAGGAUUAGUUCAAGAGUCCCAUCCCUUGGAAUUUCUUUUUCUAAAGUUAUUGUGGUUUUUGAUUAAUUUCUGAAGGAAAAGAAUGAUUUGAAGGAACUAAGGAAAUUGCAGGCAGGCUGACAGUUGUGCUUUUUCUUGCUUAUUCAAAAUACAGCAAGACUUUUUAACUUGCUAUCUAUACAGUGGAGAGGUGUGAUUUUAUUUAUGUUCUAGUUUUAUAUCUUUACUUGAUUCCUAUACCAUUAUUCUUGGCUUUUGCUCCUUGAGAGCUCUGGACUUCAAAUACACCAGCAAAGUUUACAUUUUGCAUUAAUUGUAAGAAGCUCAACAGAGCUCCUCUCUAGGACUCUGAGGCAACCGCCCCACAACGACUGGAACUAUUAAAAGCUCUGUCCACAUUCAAUUAUGAUGGGAAAUAUUGGUGGGGUUAAAUCUACAGACCAACUCUAUAUUCCUACACUAGGACAGAGUAAAAAGGGCUCCUCACUCUAUCAGAAGCCAUGGGAUAAGUAAGCUAAGACUAAAUACCCAGUGGAUUUUCCAUCAAAAAACAGUAUUUUUAACUAUAGGCAACUGUAUCAAAACUUAAAAGAAUUUAUUCUUCAAUGGAGAUGCUAGCAAUCACCAGCUAGUAAGAAAGCAUUACUUAUUUAUGUCACAGUAUUUAUUUAUUUAUUUGAGUGGUCUUAAACCCACAGAAUAUUUAUAAGUAUUUAUAAUAAUGUAUUGUAGAGACUAUUUCCUUUUAUAUAAGUACCAAUAAACUUUUCCAUUCUCUCCAAA